CGCCCAUUCAGCGGUUCCUACGUCCGCUGCUUUGGGGGUGGUGGUGGUGAUGGGGGGUGGAAACACAAUAAGCUGACUAACCGAGGGGCAGGAGAGGAAAAGUAUCUGGGAGACGGACAGGUGUCGCGGAAGUUUACACUUGCAGAGGCGCAUCCCCUCCGCGUCUUUCUCUCAUUAUCUGGAAUAACGUGAAAGAGACUGUGACUGGCGGUCAUUCGGCUCCCACUGAUCCUGUGGUUGUCCCAGCCUCGGCCCCCAGAGCAGCGGUUCCUGUGCCUCUCCACCUCUUUGACUAGCAGCAGCAGCAGCUCGGUGUGGCGAGGGCAGGAACAAUGGGCCGAAAGCUUGACCUGUCAGGCCUGACGGACGGCGAGGCUGAGCACGUCUUGAAGGUGGUCCAGCGGGACAUGAAACUGCGAAAAAAGGAGGAGGACAGGCUGAGCGAGAUGAAGCAGGAGCUGGCGGAGGAAGGCAGCAGAUGCUCCAUCCUCUCCAAGCAGCACCGCUUCAACGAGCACUGCUGCAUCCGCUGCUGCGCGCCCUUCACCUUCCUGCUCAACCCCAAGCGCCAGUGCCCGGACUGCCAGUACAACGUCUGCAAGACCUGCUGCACCUACAGCAAGAGGGACAAAGCGUGGCUCUGCUCAGCGUGCCAGAAGGGCAGGAUUUUGAAGACGCAGUCGCUCGAAUGGUAUUACAAUAAUGUGAAGAGUCGCUUCAAGAGGUUCGGCAGCGCCAAGGUUUUGAAGACUCUGUACAGAAAGCACAUCAUCGAGAGAGGAACGUUCUCUGAUCUCCCAGAAAGCAGCGUUCACGAGGGAAGCAACGACAACGAUGGCAGCGUCUGCGGCAGUGACUCCGCCUUCUACAAGCAGAGCGAAGGGCACAGUAUGGCAGAGACACUCACAGUCGCCCUGCGUGUUGCUGAGGAGGCUAUAGAGGAGGCCAUUGCUAAGGCAGAGGAGUUCAGUGACAGCUUGGAGAAACAGAAUGAGGCUCGGUAUCUGCGGGACCACAAAGAGGAGCUCAUAGAAGAACUCGCCACAACCAUUGUACAAAAAAUCAUCCAGAGAAGGAAGCGUUCAGAGAUGCAGACAGAGUUUGACUUUGUCUGGCCUCAGUCUCAGUCUCUGAUCCAGCCCAGUGAACUGCCCUCUCCUUCUCAGCCUCACACUUCAUCACAAGGACCACAAGACCCGCUCAAAACCUCCUACUCUCUCUAUCGGUUGCGGUCAGCGUUCUCUCUCACCAGUGACGACUCCCCAGAGAAGGGUCCAGAGGAGGAGGUAGCUGAGGCCGGUGGCGGCAACGACGGCUUGCAGGAAUACGCUUCUCUGAAAAGGGAGCCAAAGGCGGCCACAUCUUUACCCACCUGGAAGAGCAUGGAUCGCCUGGAUAACUCGAGUGCCUCUUCAGUGCUCCAGAGUCCAGACGGCAACUGGAUUGCCCUGCACAGUUCCCAGCUGUCUCGGCCCAGCCUGCUCACCAAGAGGAAGAGCCUGUUGUUCAGCGUGCUGGAAAAGGAGUCUGGCGUUGUCUCCGCUUACGACGAGAUGGGAUCUGACUCAGAGGAGGAUGAUGAAGGUGGCUGGGGUGCAGCGCUGAGGCAGUUUCGCCGCAAACUGUCAGAUGAGACUUACUACACGGACUCCCAGCACGACCCCGAGUGGAUUUACACUCAGCAUCUCCCGGUCACCUCACCAUCCUCGGGGCAGUACACCAACACAGAGACUCUCAACUCAGACUCCGAGGCCUCGUCAGUGCUUUCUGCGUGUCCCCGUAAACCACCCCACAAUCUGAUGAGGAAGAAAGGACCACCGGAUACACACCUUCACCCUCAUCACCAGCCGCUGCAUCACCAACACCUUCAGCAGAACUUUUCUCCAUACCCAGUCCAAUCAGAGUCAUUGGAUGUGAACUUUAACCCUAAGGUGAUGGGAGACAGUAGCGAGGCAGAGGAGAGGCAAAGUGAUCCCGUCAGAAGGUCACGGCGACGCAGGAAGAGUAAGAGGGAGUCAUCAUCAGAGCAAAACAGGACUGGAGGCCAGAGCCAUCCACAGUCCGUCUACCCCUUAGCGCAGGAAAACAGUGGUAUUCUACUCCACGCCCUGCUGAAGAGGGGAUUAAGUGAGGAACAGCCAAAAUCUGACACUAUACCAGUGGCCACAGCUGCACCAGACGCCUUCAAAUUAGAUGCUAUGACAACUGAGCCAGAGGACCUGGACACACUGGCGCCAAAUUCACCGGUCCCCAGCCCUUCUCAGCCCCCCUCCUUGACCCUGGGGCGAGAGCUCUCAUCCAGUAGCUCAGGGCCUGGAUCCACAACCAGAGAUCCUCUAGAAGGGGAGCUGCAGUCUAGACUUGGUCAGCUGGUCAUCAGUGCCAACAGCAAAGUCAGCAGCUCAUCUGAGGAAGAGUGCACAAACUGGCCUGCAGACAGGCAGACGGAUAAAGAAAGUGACAGACAGAGAGAGAAAUUGAAGCCAAAGGAAAGAGAGCGAGAGAGGCAGCGAGUGAGUGACAAAUCAAGAGAGAGAGCAAGCGAAGCAGUAGAACAAGUGAACGGACAAGAGAUUAAAAGAAGCGAGAAGCUAAUAAAGAGUCCCUCGGUGAGAGAAGACGGCAGAAGUCGGGAGAGGAGGUUUGAGAAGGCAUGCGAGAGUUUAGAUAUGAAAGUGGAAGACCAGGAACAAAAGAGAGGAGACAAAAGAGAACCCAACAGGCAGAGUAAGAGACAACAUAAACGAGAUGCGGAGAAGGAAGCGGGACCGAAAGGGGGAGCGAGGAGCGGAUCCAGUGCAAGUUCGCCUGCUGUUACCCCUUCUUCCCACGAGGGGGCGCUGUCAAACAACCAGGUGGGACAGAAUGACUUGGAGCAACUUCAGAGGCUUCAGUUGCUCUCCUCUGUCUUACAGCAGAAGUGCUCAGCGGCUUCGCUCUGCAGCAUCACCACGGAGGUGCUAAAGGUUUUGAAUGCUACUGAGGACCUGAUUGGUGAGGCGGGAGGCGAGAGCUACACCCCUUCUGAGUCUAUGAGUGCUUCUCCCAUAUCCAGCAGCUCUGAGACCCGCAGGUUGGACCAGAGGCUUACCAAAAUGGAGGAGAAUGUUUAUCUUGCUGCUGGUGCAGUGUAUGGCCUCGAGGGAGCACUGGGAGACCUAGAGCACUGCGCCCGCAGUAUUAGCAGUGGGACAACAGACCAAGAGCUGGCCUUCCUGGAAGAUCAAGUGGCUACCGCGGCUGCUCAAGUCCAGCAGUCUGAACUGCAGAUAUCAAACAUUGAGGCAAGAAUAUCAGCUCUGAAAACGGCUGGGCUGAACGUGACUGUCUGCAAUCGCUUCUCCAAGCUCAAGCCAAAGUCUAAGCCGCAAACCCUGGACUCAUCACGCCAUCAGAGGAGGAAGCUUCCAGCGCCUCCACUAAAAGAGAAGUUGGAGCCAGAGCAGCAGGUUAAAGUAUUUCGGCCAUAGUGACAGUCAACAGCACAAUGAGUCCCUCAGGGCUAUUUUCAAGCCCCAGGGACAGGGGCUCUUCACAUCCAGUGCCUUGACCCAGCAUCUGCCUCUAGCUCCAGGCCAAGCAGGGGCCACCACCUGCCCUGUGUAACCCAACUCAGCACUCAUUCCUCACACAAGCUCAGUACCCAUCAGUUAAAGAGAUCAAAGAAGACAUCGCUGGAUCUUUCUCUUUUAACAAGAUCUAUUUCAUGCUGUUUUUCCUCCUUACUGCACACACAUAGACUCACACACACACACACACAGAAAUAUGUUAUUUAACAGUCGGUUUCUCUGCCUUAAGAUCUGCAAACACUCCUCAUAAACCGACUUAAAAGAAUAUAUAUGUACAGAUAAAGAAAAACUCAGUUUUCUAUCUGUUUGCAAGAGUGUUGUGAAUUAAUGUGCAAUGAAGCUGUGGAAAAGCAUAAGAAAAUUUGUGUGAUUCAGUGUCCUGAAAAGAGGCUGAGCCAUGUUUUAUACUGCAUCGUCUUUGUCACCAUGAACCAAGAAAUGUUACGGGGGAUUUAUUCAAACUGUUUUGUUUUUUUGAUGAUUGUCAAUAUCCACCCGCAUAUAGCUAUCAGAUGGUAAUCACCAAAUGGGGAUGAUUGUAACCUUCAAUAUUUUACUGAUUUAUACAAAUCACAAGCAGACCAGAAAAGAGUUGGAAAAAAGAGCUGUUUAGAUGUUCAAAGUAUCACGUCACCAGUGUUUUGGUUUUGUUUGGGGGAGGUUUUGUCCGUUGCACCAUGUGCUUGAUGACUAUAAAGGAAUAGCACAUUGAGAAACUGUAGCUGAGAAGAAAUUAAGCUAGUUAAAAGACCAGGUCAACAUGUUGGAAAUAUAAUCAUUUAAUUUCUUGCUGUGACCUAAGUAACUUAGUCCAGCCACUGUCAAGGCAAACUGUCAAACUUGUAUCAAGAAAAAAGGAGAGGUCAAAUUGAGAAAUGGGCAGCUAAUGAUAAUCCGAAACCGAAGGGAGCUGGACAGAACCAAGCUCACCGCUUCCUCCUUUUUUAGUCUCUCAGCUAAGCUAAGCAUCCAUUUGCCAUGCUGACAUUUCACUGGUGAGGAGUGUGUAAGUUUAUUUAGGAAAGAAAAAGCUGAUUUGUAGAUACAUUCACAUAUUGGAAAUUGUGGGUUACAACAUUUAAAUAGAUCAAAAUUAAAAAAAUAGUUUGCAUGGAGCAUCCAUCCAGCUUAUCCGGGGGAACACCUGGAUAAGCUGGUGGAGGUGGCUGGGGCGAGGGAGGUCUGGGCCUCUCUGCUUAGGCUGCUGCCCCCGCGACCCGGCCUUGGAUAAAGCAGAUGAAGAUGGCAUCCAUCUGACAUUCAAGUUGGGUCUGAAAAUCCUCCUCCGUGACAUAUGUAGUUUCUCCAACACAAAGCCAUUCUUCCUCCUCCCUGUCACUUUCUUUGUUUACUUUUAAACGUUGUGGCCUUUUAUUUAAGGAGAAAGAAAAGAGUAUUUUCAUGUUUUCCCUUUACCGGGGUCACGUCUGAUCUUUUGUGUUGCAUUCAAAGAUUCUUGUAAAGAUUUUUACAUAAGAAAGUCUGACGGGCUAUAUAACAAAUGCCAUGAAACCAUGAUUUUGUUACGAGCAAUUUAUUUUUGUACUGAACGUUUUUAUGCAAUACCACUGAAAUAAGUACUAUUGCAAAUUAAAGGCUUUAUUCUCUCCUCAAAGGAACCCACCUCAGUCAGUCCUACCGGACUCUCUUAUGUGUGAUGACUCAAAUUGCUUUCAGUGUAAGCUUGCAUUUACCAUUCGAUGUUCUGCCAGUAAUGACGAUGGUAAAUGCUUUGAAAACACAGGUGAUGAGAGGCACACUUGUACUCCUUAAACACGAGAAUACUGCCUUUCAGUUUUGGGAGAUUUUAAGUUAGCCAUGCAUACAGUUAUCAGAGUUCUUGCUUUGGCUCCAGCUUAAUAAGAGCAUGUUUGGAUUCUCUGAUAGUGUUUGAAAGGUGUGAUGAUCUUCUGUAUGAAUGCUCUGCCCCUUCUAUUAGUGACCUUUUCAUCCCCAGCCUUUCGCAUCUUGGGUUUGCACAUUGAUCUUGUAUUUUUUGUCAAUCUUGUUCUCCAGAGGUGUUGAUGUAAAAAAGAGCAUGUUUCUGGCUUUAUCAAACUGAUGAAAAAUGUCUCUCUAAGAAGCACAGCCACAAGGGUCCAAUCAUCAGUGUCCUGUAUUUUUCUAAUGUGAAAAAAAUAAUAAAAAAAGUAACAAUAUCUCAUUGCAGAAUUUGUUAAUAUACUAUAUGUGUGAAAAACAUGGAUAUGAUAUGAUAAUGUGUUUAUUGCCCAAUCAUAGUUGACAAAUCGUUCAGUGUUGUGCAAGAGACUGUGUAUAAUUGUCAUGACUUGUGAGGCUGGAUUUGCACAGGACGUCUCGUUGGUUGUUGGAACAGUGUCGCGGAUACUGAGAAGUGAUGAGAUUCUCCCAGAGCUAAAAACAAAUGUUGCUUUUGUUCCUGUUUAAAUCCAGUGUGAACGACUAUGAAGAGGUUCACUGUGCACAGCUCCACAGGCGGGCCAUUCACUUUUAUGUGCAAUUGUUUGUUGCAAUCCAUACGAUAUGUUGGGGAAAUUAUUAACAAGCAAAAAAAGAAAAAAAAUGCAGAUUCUCUAUGUGCCACAGUACUCUGAGAAAAAAAUGUAUUAUGAAAUAAAUAAAAUUCGCAAACUUAAAA